UGGUCAUCGAAUCAUAGAUAUUCCAAGUGCCAUCACUUUUGCUGUGGGCGUAUUAUUAUUUUAUUGGGUAUCGGGAAGUAAACAUCGCAAAAAAGUAUGGCCCAGGCAAUGCCCAAUCAGCCCAAGUUCUUGCCCCGCAUCGAGCGUAACGGCACGGGUGCUGCUCACUCCUACGUAGCCACCGCCUCCGGCAAUCCCUUUGAGACGGACGAAGAGGAGAUCUUUAGCAGGCACAAGAUGGUGCUCCGUAUACCCAGCAACUGCACCGGAGACUUGAUGCACCUUGCCGUCUCGCGGAACUGGCUUGUCUGUCUGCUGGGCACAGCGGAGCGGACGACUUUGUGUCGUUUCUUCCUGCCGCGCGCGAUCCCGCCUGGGGAAGCAACACUGGAGAAGUACCUCUCGGGGUCUGGCUACAAGAUAACCCGAAUAUUCCUGGACCCCACCGGCCACCACCUCAUCAUCGCGCUGGUGCCAAAGUCUGCUUCGGCCGGCGUUUCACCGGACUUCCUGUAUAUACACUGCCUUGAGUCUACCCAGGCGCAACAGCUAAAGGUGCGGCGAAUAGAGAAGUUCAAGGACCACGAGAUCACGGCCGUAGCAUUUAAUCCGUACCAUGGCAAUGAGACGACCACGGGCUCCAUUCUGCUCGGCACUAGUCGCGGCCUCAUCUUCGAGACGGAACUAAGUCCCGCCUCCGACGGCCACGUCCAACGCAAGCAGCUCUAUGACCUGGGCUUGGGACGUUCAAAAUACCCCAUUACGGGCCUCAAGUUGCUGCGGGUGCCCAACAGCAGCCGGUACAUAAUCGUGGUCACCAGUCCAGAGUGCAUCUACACAUUCCAGGAGACGCUGAAGACAGAGGAGCGCUCCCUGCAGCCAAUAUUCGCAGGCUACGUGAGCGGUGUGCAGGAGCCGCACUGCGAGGAGCGCAAAACCGACCUAAACUACUCGCAGUUGCGAUUAUUUGCGCCGCCCAACAGCAAGUAUCCAAAGCAGUGGGCUUGGCUUUGUGGAGAGGGCAUCCGUGUGGGCGAGUUCUCAAUCGAAGGCAACAGCUCGGCCACCCUGAUAGGUAGCACGCUGAUCAACCUGGAUUUUGAUAGGGCCAUGCACCUGUCGUACGAGGAGCGGCGUCUAAACAUUCCCAAAGCGUUUGUACUGACGGAGUACCACGCCGUACUGCUGUACGCAGACCACAUACGGGCCAUCUGCCUGCUGAACCAGGAGCAGGUCUACCAUGAAACCUUCGACGAGGCCCGGGUGGGCAAACCGCUGAACAUCGAACGGGACGAACUCAGCGGCGCCAUAUACGUUUACACCGUGAAGAACGUGUUCAUCCUCAGGGUGACACGCGAGGAGCGAAACGUAUGGCGCAUAUAUCUUGAUAAGGGUCAGUACGAGUUGGCCACGGCUCAUGCAGCAGAGGACCCCCAGCACUUGCAGAUCGUGCUCGGCCAGCGGGCGGAUGCCGCCUUCACGGACGGAUCCUACCAAGUGGCAGCUGACUACUACGCGGAGACGGAGAAGUCCUUCGAAGAGGUGUGCUUAAAGUUCAUGGUGCUACCGGACAAGAGACCUAUCAUCAACUACGUUAAGAAACGCCUUAGCCGACUAACCACCAAGCCAGUGGAAAAAGAGGAGAUGGACGAGGAUAAAACGAACGCCAUUAAGGCUCUGGUCAUUUGGCUCAUCGACCUUUACCUCAUCCAGAUCAACAUGCCCGACCACAGUGAGGAGUGGCGCAGGGCGUGGCAGACGGAGUACGACGAAUUCAUGGUGGAGGCACCUGUGCUUAACUGUACGCGGCUAAAUCGCAAGGCCGUGCAGCAGCUGAUCGCCGAGCACGCGGAUCCCCACAACAUGGCACAGUUCGCAAUCGCCAUCGGAGACUAUGAGGAAGUGGUGGGGCAACAGCUGAAGGCCGAGUGCUUUGCCGAAGCACUGCAAACAUUAAACACUCAGCGCAAUCCGGAACUUUUCUACAAGUACGCGCCUGAGCUGAUGGUGAAGCUGCCGAAGCCCACAGUUGACGCCCUAAUUGCCCAAGGCCCCCGACUGGAGGUGGAGAAGUUGGUGUCCACGCUAAUCAUCAUGGAAACUCGAGAGCAGCGGGAGCAAACGCAGCGAUACCUCGAGUUUGCCAUAUACAAGCUUAACACAACGAAUGAUGCAAUCCACAACUUCCUGCUGCACUUGUACGCGGAGCACGAGCCCAAGCUGCUAAUGAAGUACCUUGAAAUCCAGGGCCGUGACGAGAGCCUCGUGCACUACGACAUCCAUUACGCCCUAAAAGUAUGCACCGACCUAAACGUGACUGAGGCCUGCGUGUUCCUAGAGUGCAUGCUUCGCAAAUGGGUCUCCGCAGUGGAUCUGGCACUAAAGUUCGACAUGAAGCUGGCAAAGGAGACUGCCUCAAGGCCGUCGGACAGCAAGAUGCGCCGCAAGCUCUGGCUUCGCAUAGCAUACCACGAUAUAAAGGGAACGAACGAUGUCAAGACGGCGCUGAAUCUGCUCAAGGAGUGUGAUCUUCUGCGCAUCGAGGACCUACUGCCAUUCUUUUCCGACUUUGAGAAGAUUGACAACUUCAAAGAGGCGAUCUGCGAUGCCUUAAGGGAUUACAAUCAUCGCAUUCAGGAGCUGCAGCGCGAAAUGGCCGAGACCCAGGAUCAGUCCGAUCGCGUCGGCGCCGAGUUGCAGCAUCUGCGCCAACACAGCAUUACCAUGAACGCGCAGGACACGUGCGGCAUCUGUGAGAUGAUGCUGUUGGUAAAGCCAUUUUUCGCGUUCAUCUGCGGACACAAGUUCCACAGUGACUGCUUGGAGAAGCAAGUCUUUCCCAUGCUGACCAAGGAGCAGGGUCGGCGCCUCACCACCCUGAAACAGCAACUUGAGGUGCAGGCGCAGCCUAGCGCUUUGGGCAAACAACAGGCAAUCGAGAUGCAACGUAAUCGAGCAGCACUAAAGACCGAGAUCGAGGACAUCCUGGCGGCGGACUGCCUGUUCUGCGGCCUCCUAAUCGAGACUAUCGACCAACCAUUCGUCGACGACUGGGAGCAAGUUAAUGUCGAGUGGGAGUAGUGCCCACACGUUUUCGGACUAUCCAAAUAUUUAUGUACAUAUAGAGUAUUUAUUAAUAAACCUACACAGAUCACAAAGGUUUCG